AUGUCUGCCACUUCUAUGAAAAAGUUCUCCCUAGACAACAUUUCAUCACAAAACCAGCUCAAAUCAUCAAUUCAAAGAUCAAUCAAAACUGCAAUUAUAACUCAAUAUCCAUUACUGUCAGAUGUCAUAGAUUACAUAUUGCCAAAAAAAGGUGCCAUUGUACUUGCAAAGUGUUCAAAUCACAUACAAUUUAUUGUAGUGGAUUCCGUCCCUCUUUUUUUCCAACAACGUGGUAGUCCAUGGUACCCAACAUUAAGACUACUUCAUUUAUACCCAGAUAUGAUGCCUACGAUGCAAGUAGACAAGGGUGCUAUUAAAUAUGUUCUGAAAGGUUCAAACAUCAUGUGUCCUGGUCUAACUUCUCUAGGUGGUAAAAUGGAUUUAGUAAAACCAAAACAAGUGGUCAAAAUCGUUGGAGAAGGAACCUCCUCUGCCUGUGCUAUUGGUUAUACAUUGAUGAGUACUGAUGAAAUUCAGUCUAUUAAUAAAGGUGUAUGUAUUGAAAAUGUUCAUUAUCUGAAUGAUGGUCUCUGGACAAGUCCCAAGUUCUCUUAA